UCAUUGGAUAAACAGUUGGAUGAGGUGUCCUCGAAGUGAUAGGUCUUACAACUGUUGCACAGCUGACAUUUCUUGUGUUCUUGCCUUUGCCCACAUAGGAAUACAAUGUUAUUCAACCAAACUAGUUUGGCUGAUUGCUUACAGGAGUGGGAGGGUCUGGAAAAGGACUUUCAACGGGUCCAGGAGACUCACCGUCUGUAUAAACAGAAGCUUGAGGAGGUCUCCAAGCUACAAGACAGCUGUUCUAAUGCCAUAGCACGACAGAGGAAGAAAUUAAAAGAGCUCACGGUGUCGCUGGAAGAAUGCAAAGAAACACUGAGUCCAGAGGAAAUGAAUACAAUAGAUGGGAUCCAGGAAUCUAUCAAGGACAGACCAAAUGUUUUCUUUGAAAUGGAGUCUUUCCUGCCAAAGAAGAAUGGGUUAUACCUCAGUCUCGUUCUUGGGAACGUGAAUGUAACAUUGCUCAACAAACACUCCAAAUUUGCCUACAAAGAUGAAUAUGAGAAAUUCAAAUUGGUCCUCACCGUCCUACUCCUCGUCUUCUCAUUCACAUGUCGCUUUGUAUUUAGUUACAGAGCCUUAGACGCUCUCUUCAACUUCCUGCUGGUGUGGUACUACUGCACACUGACCAUUCGGGAGAGUAUCCUCAUUAGCAAUGGCUCCAGGAUCAAGGGUUGGUGGGUGUUUCAUCACUAUGUGUUCUGCUUCCUGUCUGGAGUGAUGCUGACUUGGCCAGAAGGCAUACUCUACCAGAUGUUCAGGAAUCAGUUUCUCACCUACUGCUUGUACCAAAGUUUUGUCCAGUUUCUCCAGUACUAUUACCAGAGUGGCUGUCUGUACAGACUUCGAGCCCUGGGAGAGAGUCACAACAUGGACUUGACAGUUGAGGGUUUCCAGUCGUGGAUGUGGCGAGGCCUGACCUUCCUUCUGCCCUUCCUGUUCUUUGGUCAUUUCUGGCAGCUUUACAAUGGCCUAACACUGUUCAGGAUGGCCCAGCUCCCAGAGUGUAAAGAGUGGCAAGUCUUCAUGUGUGGCUGCUCCUACCUUGUCUUGUUCAUGGGGAACUUCUCCACCACACUUGGAGUAGUCUACCAUAAGUACAUCCACAACCAAGACAAGUCCAAGAGCCUAUAAGACUUGAAGAGAAAGAUAACUAGACAUUGUUAUGAACCCAACAAUUUAUUCAAAAGAAUAUGUGCAAAAGGUGUUUUAUACUAAUAUGCUUUUUAUGUCUAUUUUAUGUGUUUGUCUUGUAAACGUUUACUUUUUUCUGUUGUACCAUUUUAUCUAAUGUGUUUCGUUUUGAGUAAAAAUGUUGAACCACA